GUCAUCUCUUCACACUUAAAAACUAAAAAUAAAAAUAAGAGAAGCUACCACUAUCUUGACGGACCGAUACAAUUUCGUUAUAGUUAGCCCUAACCAAUGAUGUGGCAUAAUAAUUGUAGUGGUCACACUAUCGGCUACACCUAUUUCCUGCCCUGCAUUCAUGUACGACGUCACACCAAAUAUCUCCCUACAAAACCUUAACCUUCCUUACGAACUCCAUCAUUUUCUUGCCUAAUAAUGGCUAUAACAUUCUCCGUCCUCCUCCUAUUAUCCAUCUCACUCCUCUCAGCUCUAGCCCAACACGACGAGUUCCAAUUCUCCGGAUUCAACCCCGGCAACGGCAACAGUAACAGCAACGUAACCCUCGGCGGCAUCGCAAAGGUCCAGAACGGCGGCAUCCUCCGGCUCACUAACGAGACUCUCCGACUCAUCGGCCACUCAUUCUACCCCGUACCAAUCCGUUUCAAGAACUCCACCGACGCUUCCGUCUUCUCCUUCUCCACCGCUUUUGCCUUCGCCAUCGUCCCGCAAUAUCCCAAGCUUGGCGGCCAUGGCCUUGCCUUCACAAUCGCCAACUCUAGUUCCCUCCCUGAAGCCCUCCCCAGCCAGUACCUCGGCCUCCUCAACGCCAAAAACAUCGGCAACGCCUCCAACCACUUGUUUGCCGUCGAAUUUGAUACCGUGCAGGACUUUGAGUUUGGAGACAUCAACGACAACCACGUUGGGAUCGAUCUGAACAACCUUGCCUCUAAUAAAUCUGUCGCCGCACCUAUAAAUCUCAAAAGCGGCGAAACUAUUCAAGUUUGGAUAGACUUUGAUUCUGCGCGCAAGGUGCUCGAAGUAAGGCUCGCCAGCUCCUCAGCAAAACCAGCUAAACCAAUCCUCUCUUACGCCGUCGAUUUGUCACCUAUUCUUCUUAACGAGAUGUAUGUUGGUUUCUCGGCGUCUACUGGAUUGCUCGCCAGUUCCCAUUACUUAUUUGGCUGGAACUUUAAGAUGAACGGGGUGGUUAAAUCGUUGGAUCUCUCCUCUCUUCCAUCACUUCCCAAGCCCAAGAAAAGAAACUACGCCUUGCUCAUCGCCGCCCCUGUAUCCGCUCUAUUUUUUCUCAUCGCGGCCCUCGCCACCGCCGGAUACCUUCUCUACAAGAUAAAAACCGCUGAUGUAAUUGAGGACUGGGAGCUCGUUACCGGCCCCCAUCGUUUUUCCUACAAGGAGCUCAAGUACGCCACCAGAGGUUUCAGGGAGAAAGAGCUUCUCGGUCAAGGCGGGUUCGGCAAGGUUUACAGAGGAGUUCUCCCUGGGACGAAAGAAGAGAUCGCAGUGAAGCGAGUCUCCCACGAAUCCAGACAAGGGUUGCGCGAAUUCGUAGCGGAGAUCGCUAGCAUUGGCAGGCUUCGCCAUCGCAAUCUUGUCCGGAUGCAAGGAUGGUGUCGACGGCGCGCGGACCUCCUUUUAGUCUACGAUUAUAUGCCCAACGGAAGCCUCGACAAAUACCUCUUUAGCGGAGAUGAGGCAACGCCGCUACUCCCGUGGCCUAUUCGGUUCCGCGUCAUCCGCAGCGUGGCGGCGGCGCUUCUUUACCUCCACGAGGAAUGGGAGAGCGUCGGCCUCCACCGCGACGUCAAGGCCAGCAACGUCCUACUUGAUGGCGAGCUCAACGGCCGCCUCGGCGACUUUGGCCUCGCCAGACUCUACGAGCCGACGUAUUCGCCUUCGGGGCGCUGGUGCUUGAAGUGGUGUGCGGGCGGCGGCCGAUAGAGCCGAAGGCGCUGCCCGACGAGCUAGUAUUAGUGGAUUUGGUGUGGGAGAAAUGGGCAUCGGGAAAGUGGCGAGAAGCGGUGGAUCCACGGCUAGUCGGGGAGUUCGACGAAGACGAGGUGGAGGUGGCUUUGAGGGUGGGUCUGAUGUGCUCGCAUCCGGUGCCGGCAGGGAGGCCGGAGAUGAGGGAUGUGGUGAGGUUUCUUGAGGACGGGGAUCCGACAGGCGUGCCGGAGCUUCCAAGCCCGCCGCCUGCCGGCGGGGGGGGGUCCUACGAAGUGGGAUUUGAAGAUUUUGUGCAUUCGUAUCCGUCUUCGUCUUUCGAGAAGGUUUCUUGGUCCCCGACCUUAAAUCCCAACGGUGGCAGGUCGGACCGAACGAUGGCCGCACAGGAGGAAUCCGGUCCCGUCGUGUUCUUCUCGGCGGUGUGAAUAAAAUAUUUCAUAGAAAUGCGUGUAUAAUAUUUCAUCUCCCUCUAUCUGAAAAAUACACUUUUUUAAUGAUAAUUAAUAAGUUUGUAGUAUGUAAAAAAUAGAGACUGUGGCGUUACUUUUUUUAUUUAUUUU